GACCCAAAAAUCACCAAACAUGGCUUCCCAAUUGCUGCCUCUAGAGCUCAUCGACAAGUGUGUCGGCUCCCGGAUCUGGGUCAUUAUGAAGGGCGACAAGGAGUUCAGUGGCACAUUACUCGGCUUUGACGACUUCGUCAGUAAGCCUAUUAUCCUUUCCUGCAUCAAUGCUGCAAUACUGAUCGACUACACCGGCACUUCAACCAAGAUGUCCAAGAUUCUGCUAAACGGAAACAACAUCUGCAUGCUCAUCCCUGGCGGCAUGCCUGAGCAA